AUGGCAGAACCUACUCCCACAAACCACAGCGACGACGACAGGCAUGAUGACAACUCUCCAUCACCUAACCAGCCCGAUGGACCAGCCGAUAAUACUGCCAAGCCGACCCAGGGUGGUGGGAAGACUUCACCGAGCAUUCCGGACGCGACCGCGACUAAGGACGUAACGAUUGGAGGAGUGGUCCUCCCCAUCAAUACUCCCAAACCGACUCAGGCAAGGCCCGAUAGCCCGAACGACGAUGAUCACGAUCAGAUUCCUCCAGCGAUCAUCAUUGGCACCGUAACAAUCACACGAGGGGAAACGAAGACCAUCAACGGCGUGCCCGUGGUCGUACCUACAAAUGGCGGAGGAACACAGAUCGUUGUAGAUGGUAGCACGGUUGCUCUCAAUCCGGUUCCGACGCAAGCUCCCAAUCCGGCCCCGACGCAAGGUUUGCCUGUGCUCAUUGUUGGUGGGGGGAUCGUCACGCCAGAUUCAAAUGGAAAUUACGUUCUGGGAUCCGAGACGUUGAAGCCGGGAGGCCCUCCGAUCACUAUUAACGGGAACACCGUCAGCAUGGCACCGGACGGCUUGGCUAUCAUCAAUGGUGCCACACAGACUAUCGCAAACCUUCCGGCGCUUACCGGAGCCCCCGCUUUGACGGUCGGCAGUCAAGCCGUCUCAGCAACCGUAGUGGGAGGCUCAACAGUCUUUGUUGUAGCGCCUGGUCAGACGCUUAGUGCAGGAAGCACACUUGUCGUCGAUGGCACGACUUACAGCAUGCCGGCAGAGGGUCAUGGGUCAACCCUUGUCGUCAACGGCCAGACUUCGAUGUUGAAUGCUGGACAAUCAGCAAUUACUCUCGACGGCGGGAGAUCGGUUACUGCGCAAGUCGUCAGCGGCACGACAGCCUAUAUUCUCGCUCCUGACCAAACCCUGACACUUGGUGGCGUUCUCACGAUCUCUGGGACCACAUACUCCAUGCCCACGAGUGCAUCCGGUUCUGUCAUCGUCGUCAACGGCGUCACAUCCACUUUGGCUGCCGGUGCAGAGAUCACCGCCGCACCAGCCUUGACAAUCAAUGGCGUGACGUAUGCGCACACUGUCCGAGACGGAACAACUGAGUACGUUCUGAACGACGGAACAACCCUCGUACCUGGAUCAUCUAUAGAAAUCGACGGAACUAUGUACUCUCUAGAUGAUCAAGGCACGGCCUUGGUCAUCAACGGGCAAACCAGCACCAUUCCGAAACUUCCAAAGAGCAACAGCGCGAGUACAACACGUUCAGACUCCGCUUCUACAACGAGAGGUCGCGACGCUGGAGAUUUGAUAGCGAGCGGAAUAGGCGAGACAAGCAAGGGAGUCGGACCAUCUACACACACCGGCGGUUUGGAUAAGUGGAUUGAGAGUCUGGUUAUUGGCGCGGCGGGAUGGCUCACGCUGUUACUGUGA